AUGUUGUCACGUAUUCAUGUUUCUAUGCGUCAGUUUCUAUGGUUUGCUUAUAUUUUACCAUGUUUUGCUCUAUUAUCUUGUGUUAGUUUAUCAUUAGUGAAAGAUUUUGAAAAAUCAACACAUACACAUUGUAAUGUUUCUAAUUUUCUUCCAUCAAUAUCAGCAUCAAUUGGUGACUAUGAACCUCAACGUUUUAUAUGGCGUUUAUGUUUUGCUUUGGAUAGUAUUCCUCGUUAUAUUAUUGCUUAUUUACAAUUAAAUCAUGUACUUAAUCGUCAUCAUAUUGAUUAUCCUGAAUAUUAUACAUUAGUACAAAUAACAAAUAGUACUUUUCAUUUUCUUGAAUUAACAUUUCUUCUUUUAUUAACAUAUAUAUCAUCAAAUGAAAUCAGAUGGAUACAUGAAUGUUCAUUUGUUAGUUUUAUACUAUGUUCAUUAUUACAUAUGUUACUAACAAUAUUAAUUGAUUAUUUUUGGCCAAGGAUAAUAAAUAUUUCUUUAAAUGAACAAGAAAAAUCUUUACGUUCAAAAAGAUUAAGAUGGUUUAUAUUGAAUAUUUUUUCAAUUUCUAUUUCACUCUAUUUUUAUUAUCGACAUAUUCAUUUUUGCGAACCAAAUAUUUAUUCCAUGUUUUGUCUUUUUGAAUAUAUUGUUGUAAUAACAAAUAUUGGCUAUCAUUCUGUUGUUAUGAAUGAAUGGAGUCAACAAGAAGUACAAAUACAAUUUCUUGUAAUAUAA